GACAUUUUCUAUUUCCACUCCACGCCCCUGGUGGCGGUCGGCUCGGUUCUAAGUUUAAAAUUAUUUAGUUUCAUAAUUAUAGGCACUAAAAUGGAUACAAGAAAGUUAUCGGAAAUUUUACGGGCCACCAUUGAGCCGACGCAAAGACAGCAGGCCGAGGAGCAACUAUCCCAAAUCCAUAAAAUAAUUGGAUUUGCCCCAUCGCUGCUCCAAGUGGUGAUGGCGAAUGACAUCCCAACGCCAGUCCGUCAAGCUGGAGUUGUAUACCUAAAGAACCUCAUCACAACAGGAUGGCAAGACAAGGAGGUGGAAGAGGGAGAGCCCGUGCCUUUCACCAUUCACGAGCAGGACCGCGCCAUGGUCAGAGACCUGAUAGUAGAUGCGGUGGUCCAAGCCCCCGACAUCAUCAGGAUACAGCUAUGUGUUUGCCUGAAGAACAUCAUCAAGCAUGACUUCCCCACCCGCUGGACGCAAGUGGUUGACAAAAUCCACAUUUACCUGCAGAACCCUGAUUUUAACAGCUGGAUGGGAGCGCUGCUGUGUCUGUACCAGCUGAUCAAGAACUACGAGUACCACACGGCGGAGAAGCGGGUUCCGCUCAUCGAGGCCAUGAACCUGCUGCUGCCCAUGAUCUACACCCUCAUGGUGAACCUGCAGGCCGACCAGUCCGAGCAGUCCGUGCUGGUGCAGAAGACUAUUCUCAAAUGCUACUAUGGCUUGAUCAAGUACAUCCUACCCUUGGACCUGAUCACCCGCGAGUCGUUCGCCAACUGGAUGGAGGUGCUGCGGCGCGUGAUGGACCAGCCCGUGCCCGAGCACACGCUGCAGAUCGACGAGGACGAGCGCCCCGACCUGCCGUGGUGGAAGUGCAAGAAGUGGGCCAUACACACGCUGUACAGACUGUUUGAGAGAUACGGCAGUCCAGUGAACACUCGUAAGGAGUACAUAGAGUUCGCGGAGUGGUACCUGACGACGUUCACCGGCGGUAUCCUCGAGGUGCUGCUGAAGAUCCUGGUGCAGUACAGGAACAAGGUCUACGUCUCCGGCAGGGUGCUGCAGCAGACGCUCAGCUACAUCGACCAGUGCGUAUCUCACGCGCACUCGUGGAAGCUGCUGAAGCCGCACAUGUUCGCCAUCAUCCAGGACGUGCUGUUCCCGCUCAUGUCCUACUCCGACGCCGACGAGGAGCUCUGGAACACGGACCCGCACGAGUACAUACGGAUCAAGUUCGAGGCGACCAAGAAAACGUGGAUGGCCCAGCGACUGCGGCGGGGCGGCGUUCCCAUACCGCUGUCCUAUCGCCAUAACAUAUUCGAGGACUUCGUGUCCCCGGUGACGGCGGCGCAGACGCUGCUGAUGAACUGCUGCCGCAAGCGCAAGGACAUGCUGCAACGGACCAUGCACCUGUGCAUGCAGGUGCUCACGGCGCAGGCCGGCGAGCCCGACCCGCGGCAAAAGGACGGCGCGCUGCACAUGGUCGGCACCCUCGACGACAUCCUCAUGAAGAAGAAGUUCUACCGAGAGGAGAUCGACUCGCUGCUCAGCCAGUACGUGUUCCCCGAGUUCAACAGCCCGCUCGGCUACAUGCGCGCGCGCGCCUGCUGGGUGCUGCGCUCCUUCGCCGGCGUGCGCUUCAAGAACGACCAGCUGCUGCUGGAGGCCUGCCGCCUCACCAUCAACGCGCUCCUCACCGACGCCGAACUGCCCGUCAAGGUCGAGGCCGCCAUCGCCCUGCAAAUGCUACUCACCUCGCAAGACAAAGUACACAAGUACCUCGAGCCCCAAGUGAAGGCCGUCACCCUCGAGCUGCUCAAGAUCAUCCGAGAGACUGAAAAUGACAACCUCGCCAAUGUACUGCAGAAGAUUGUGCCGUUGUACACGGAACAACUGCUACCAAUCGCUGUGGAGAUCACCGAUCACUUGGCGACGACGUUCAGCAACGUCAUCGAGACGGACUCCGGCUCCGAUGAGAAGGCCAUCACGGCCAUGGGCCUGCUGAACACGAUAGAGACAGUCCUCAAUGUCAUGGAGGAUAACGCGGAAAUUAUGGCGCAGCUGGAAAAGACGGUGCUACGCGUCGUGGGACACAUUCUUCAUCACAAUAUUAUAGAAUUCUACGAAGAAGCGAUGACGCUGCUCUGCACGCUGACCGCCAAGACGAUCUCGGAGGACAUGUGGAAGGUGCUCGAGCUGAUCUACCAGAUCUUCGAGAAGGAGGGCUUCGACUACUUCACGGACAUGAUGCCGGUGCUGCACAACUACGUCACCGUCGACACGGACGCCUUCCUGUCCAACCAGAACCACAUCCUGGCCAUAUUCAACAUGUGCAAGGGCGUAUUGAACGCUGACGCCGAAGACGAGUCUGAGAUUUACGCGGCCAAGCUGCUUGAGGUGAUUGUCCUCCAGUGUUCCGGCAAGAUCGACAACUGUCUGCCCUCGUUCGUGGAGCUCGUGCUGAACAGACUCACCAGGAAGGUCAAGACCUCUGAGUUGAGGACCAUGCUGCUGCAGGUGCUGAUCGCGAUACUGUACUGCAACCCUCACCUGCUGUUCACGAUCCUGGACAAGCUGCAGGAGUCAGUGCCCAACGCGUCCAUCACGCAGCACUUCAUCAAGCAGUGGAUACACGACACCGACUGCUUUAUGGGCCUCCACGACAGGAAGCUCUGCGUGCUCGGCAUCUGCGCCCUGCUAGAGAUGGGCCCGAACCGGCCGAACCUCGAGGAGGUGCUUCCCAAGCUCAUGCCGUCGUGCCUGGUGCUGUUCGACGGACUCAAGCGGGCCUACGAGGCGCGUGCUGAGGCCGAUGAUGACACGUCGUCGGAGGAGGAGGAGGAUGAUGAGGCUGAUGAGGAGGUGCUCUCGAGCGACGAGGACCACAUAGAGGAGAUGAACAACGAGUACCUGGCGAACCUGGCGCGCAUGGCCGUCAAGAACUCGGCGCAGCAGGGCGUCGAGCUGUCCGCCCGGAUCGAGGACGCCUACGAUGAUAGUGACGACGAUGACGACGAUGACUUCGAACCGGACGAGACGGCUAUCGAAUGCUACACCACCCCCCUCGACGACAAAGACUGUCCUGUUGACGAAUACAUCAAGUUCAAGAAUACCCUUUCAGAUCUGUCCCGCAACGACCCGCAGCUGUACAACGCGAUCACGAGCGCGCUCACGGAGCAGCAGCAGAGCGCGCUGAAGGCGGUGCUCGUGCUGGCCGACCAACGCAAGGCGCAGCAGGACAGCAAGCGCAUCGAGCAGAGCGGCGGCUACUCAUUCACGGUCCCAGCGCAGGUCCCGACAAAAUUCAAGUUUGGGUCAUAAAUGAAGAAGUAACAUCGAAGCAUCAUCGAACACGCGGUCAUAACGUCUACGCGAACUAUAUACCUAUUAUGUUUAAUGUUUGGCGAGUUAUAUAUCGAUUUAUACUUUGUUGUAUGUAAUGGUUUUUUAUUAUUUUUUUGUAUAUUAUCAGUAAAUGUGCUUGUUAUAAGUGACGCAAUUUUAGUGCUCAUGAAUUUUGACACGUAUUUCCUCAUCGCAAAUUAUUUUCAAUGCAUUGUUUUAGUUUCAAAAUCUCUGCAAGAAAACUUUACCGUUUAUUAAUAAUAGGAAAAAGAAGUAUGGUGCCCUUAUAACAUGUAAUUAAAAAUGUAUUACUUACUAUACUGAAAACCAUAACAAGCAUGUAUUGAUUUUAGUUCACUGUGUGAUACUCCUUGUUCUGAUUAACUACAAUUGGUAAAUUUUUAUAGCUUGGCCUUUACCUCCUGAACUAUUAAGUUGUAUAUAUUUUAAUACACGUUUCAGGAGGGAUUUUCUUCAUCAAUUAUAUAUUAUAGUAUUAUUCUGUUGCAAAACUUUUUGUAUUCUUACACAAUAGAUUGUAUGGAGAUUUAUUGGUGUUGGUAAAGAUAUUCAUGUAAUUUACAAUGUGGUAGAUUAUUUAUUAGAAUAUAAUAAAUGUUAAUUCACAGUCAGUAAUAUUAUUUGUUGUCUCAACAUCACAUUAUAGGCAUUUUGUACUCGUAUACAAAAAAUAUAUAGUCAUAGGUAAAACAUGUUUAACAUCAAUUGUUUCAAGUUUACUAACAUUGUCUUAGUAAGCACACAUUAUGUGGAACCCAAUUAUUCUGCAGCAUUGUUUAAAGGUAACAAAUUGGUUCGUGUUAAUCUUAAAUUUUAAUGUUUAAAUGUCGCAGGUCAACAUUAAAAACAACAUGUAGGUAUAGUAUGAAUAUUUAUGUUCGGGUCUAUAUGUAGGUUAAAAAUAUAAUUUUGAAAGCUUCUUCACGUAGCUAGCAAAGAAAUCAAAUCUGAUUAAUGUCUUACAUCUGAAAAAUUAAUAUACUUAGGAUACAUAAAACUUUUUACAAUGUUGUGAUUAUAAUAUAUAAAUUCAUUUUCAAGAUUAAAUCUCGAAAAUUCACAAUGUACAAUCAACCACUCGGAUACUUAAUGCAUAAUGAUUACUUAGUAUGAACUGAUUCACAUGUCAGUAACAAUUAUUCUAAUUUGAACACACUACCAAUAAUUAUUUAUUAAUUUAUUAAAAGAUUGAUUCGUUAGUUUAGUUUAGAAAAAACUUAGCGAGGCGAAGAAAACCUUCCUCUGUGGUCGGAAUACCCACAACUUAUUCGCUGCUAUGAUAAUUGAUAAACGUAACAUAACAUCCAUAACUGUACCUAUUCAAAUUCAUUAUGUAUUUCAGUGGUUGAUGGUACCGUUAUUGUAUUGACACAGUGAGGCUAGAUAAUUAAGGAAAAGGUUAAAUAAUAUGAUUGAUGCGGGCCAAGCUCUUUAAAAAAAACUAUUUUGAAAUAUUUAGACAAAGUAAAAUUUUGCUUGCGUAAUAUAAAAUGUCGUCAAUUUCUUAGGCCGGUUUGAGUUAAUUUGUUCCCCUUUUCCUACCAAUCGGCUGGUGUAAACCGCUGCUACUCCAUUCAUAAUGUGGUAAAUGUUUGUAAAAAUCUGUUGUUACGUUUUGUUUAAAACUCCCACUGGAGACUUGUUUAUCUUUUUGCCACUAUUUCUACAGCUUAGAUGUACACAAUAAAAUUGUAUUUUUAAGCCAA